AUGGCCCCAUCAGCGACAUCCCCUGCUCCAGAAGAGACGCCAGACGCCACCGUUCUCACUUUGCGAAAAACCCUCUGCUCAGAAAGCACUCCACUCGAUUUCCGUAUCCGCGCCCUUUUCUCACUCAAACAUCUCGCCUCUAUCCCAUCUUCAUCCUCUAAUAUUGCCGCUAUUGAAGCCAUCGCCGCUGCAUUUACUUCUCCUUCCGCACUUUUGAAACAUGAACUUGCCUAUUGCUUGGGUCAGACAAGGAAUCUUGAGUGUUCAAAAUAUUUGAGAGCAGUAUUAGAGAAUCGCGAGGAGAAUGGUAUGGUUAGACAUGAGGCCGCGGAGGCAUUGGGUGCGUUGGGUGAUAAGGAUUCUUUGCAGUUGCUUAAGGAGAGACGGGAUGAUACUACUGAGCCGGUUGAAGUGAGCCAGACAUGUGAGUUGAGUGUGGAGAGAAUCGAGUGGGAGCAUUCAGAUGCGGGCAAGGCAGAGAAGCUACGACAAUCGGAUUUCGCAUCAAUUGACCCAGCUCCACCAACCGCAGAAGGAAACUCAGGGUCAUUGUCAAUCGAGAAACUUGAGGAAACAUUGUUAGAUACCAAAACCUCUUUAUUUAAACGGUACAGAGCCAUGUUUGCUCUUCGAGAUCUUGCAUCACCUCCUGAUCUUCCCACCGCCGUUCCCGCUGUUCUUGCCCUCGCAAAAGGUCUCCAUGAUCCAUCCGCACUUUUCAGACACGAAAUUGCCUUCGUUUUUGGGCAAUUAUCUCACCCAGCAUCCAUCCCUGCUCUUGUUGGAUCUCUCAGUAAUUUGGAGGAGGCUAGCAUGGUUAGACAUGAGGCGGCCGAGGCUUUGGGGAGCUUAGGUGACGAGGAAGGUGUUGAAGACACACUAAAGAAGUUCUUAGAAGAUAAGGACAAGGUUGUGAGGGAUAGUGUUAUCGUUGCGUUGGAUAUGGCGGAGUUUGAGAAGAAUGGGGAGACUGAGUAUGCGUUCAUCCCAGAGAAGGAGGCUGUUGCUGCGGCCUAG